AUGGCCGCCAGAAAGCUGUUCCCGUUCUUCGACUGCGCGUAUCAGGGCUUCGCUUCGGGCGAUGUGGACACCGAUGCCGUAGGCGUCCGGACCAACCCUCCAGUUCAUGGCUCGCGUAUUGUGACCAAAGUUCUCAACGAUCCGCAACUCAGGCAGGAAUGGAGAGAAAGUAUUAAAUUAAUGCGCGAUCGCAUCGACGGUAUGCGGCGGGCGUUGAGCGCACACAUUGAACGGCUCGGGACGCCCGGCCAGUGGUCGCACAUCACCGAACAGAGCGGU